GCUUCGGGCUAAGUUGAGUUUCCUGCGAGCUUUGCUUGGAGGCACUCAUUGCAGGCGUCGCUGGUCAAUUAUUGCCUUUAUUUAGUCUGCUUCGUCAAAUUCGAUCUCCCAGUUGGUUCGGUGAAACAUGUCGCACUCCAUGGCUCGGCUAUCUGUCGCGUUGUUCGCGGCCGCCAUUGUCGCGUGCUUCGCCAUGACCGUCGUCGGCGGCAAAUCAACAGUGGAGACGCUCACAUCCGAAGUACGAUACGCGUCGGAGAUUGCACGGGCGUACGAGGAGCAGACUACCGCAACCGUCGCGGAACAAGUUGCCCGUCGAGCGCUGAAGUCGUCCAAAAGCAAGAAAAGCAAGAAGAGCAAGAAGAGCGACAAGAGCAACAAGAGCAGCAAGAGUAACACGAGUAGCAAGAGUAGCACGAGUAGCAAGAGCGACAAGAGCAGCAAGAUCACAACGAGUAACAGCACGUCGAGCGGCAGCGGUGGCAGGAAGAAGGGCGUGGGUGCGGCGGAAGUGGCGGGGUCGGGCAAGCGGCCGUCGGGCGUGUGGACGGCGAACCCCGUCGACAAGUGCUGGUGGGCGGAGGACUGGAAAACCCACCGUCAGGAGCUCGGCAACUGCGCGCCGGGGUUUGCGGAGGGCACGACGGGUGGCAAGGGUGGGAAGCUGUACAUCGUGACGACGGAGGCGGACGACCCGGUGAACCCGAAGCAGGGCAUGCUGCGACACGCCAUCAUCCAGGACGAGGCGCUGUGGAUCGUGUUUGAGCGCGAUAUGGUGUUCGACAAGCUCUCGGCGGAGAUGAUGGUCAACAGCGACAAGACCAUCGACGCGCGCGGCCGCGCCGUUGUGAUUCAGAACGGGCCGUGCCUUCGCCUGGAGCGGGUUACCAACGUCAUCGUCGAAUCCGUCAUCUUUCGCAACUGCACCAUGCGCACCGGCACGAUCAAGGUGCGGUCGGGGAAGGGGCUGGAGGUGAAGGACUGGCGCGACGGUAACGCGGUGGAGGUGUGGGGGUCGACCAAGGUGUGGAUCGACCAUUGCGGGUUCGAGAAGGCGCUGGACACGCAGGUGAACAUCGUGGUGGGGUCCACGGACGUGGCGGUGACCAACAACUACUUCGUGAACCAGGACGAGGUGAUGCUCAUGAGCAACAACGACGCCGCCACCACGGACGACAACAUGCGCGUCACCGUCGCACUCAACGUCUUUGGCCAGAACUGCAACCAGCGGAUGCCGCGGGGGAGACACGGGCAGUUCCACGUGGCGAACAACUACUACCCGUACGGCUGGGGCAUCUACGCCAUCGGCGGCUCCGCUGGCGCGCGCUUCCGCAGCGAGGGGAACUACUUCGUGGCGGGGAGCGUCAAGGAGGUGACGAAGCGGCAGGACACGCACGGGUGGGAGUCGAAGCAGAUCAGCGACAAGUCUUGGACCAAGAUCAAGGUGUCGAGCGCGGGGUGGGAGAAGUGGCCGUGGCAGUCCAUCGGCGACCACUUCGAGAACGGCGCCUUCUUCGUCGAGUCGGGCGCCAACGUCUUCCAGCCCGCGUACGCCUUCACUCCCGUCGCCGCCAAGGACGUUCCCAAGGCCACCGACAGAGCCGGCCCGCUCUUCCGCCGCUAUAAGAAGCAGCAGUGACGUGGCAAGUCGCAACCCGUUUGGGGAGUGCGAGUUGAAUAAAGCGCUGUUACUUCGUUGGGCUUACACAUGCCUCGAGGGGGCUCAGUUGACAUUCGCGUCCCUUUUACGGGUGCUUCCGUUGCGGCGCUAGUACUCCUAUGAGUUGCACUUAGUGAGUUUCCAUGUGGCUUGGCUUGUAGGAAGUUGGUUUAGUCUACUACGUAGGUAGAAGCCCUUAUGGCUUUUAUAUAUGCCUUGGUUGCAAAGCCAGACGCUGUAGCAUAAAUUAAUGCGUUGUUACUUCGACGGAUGUAAUUGGAAUG